AUGGCAACUUCUAGAGAUGACGACAAGAUCGAAGCUGAUGAUGAAUUUGAGCACCAUGAGGAUGAUCCGGAAUCGACCCAAGAUAUUGAGGAAUCCAUGGAUACCGAUUCUGAUGUGGAUAUGGAAUACCAAGGUGGUGUAGAAGAGAUGAUUGAUAACGCUGUCAUGGCUGUGUGGGAUGGAGCCAUUGAAUCAGCGGUGCCGAAUGCCAUCUUGCAAGCCGCCAAAGCUGUGAAGUUGUAA